AUGUCACUGCGCGGGCCCAUGCGCCAGUCGCAUUUGCGGCAGGUGAGCGCCGCAAGUCUAGAGACAGUGUCCACCAUCCAAUCUUCGAUGGAGACAGCUCGCCGAGAUCAUGGCCCCACGUCGGACGAGCACAUCGUCCGUCUUUCCACCAGUCUGACUCGGCAUCAAUGCACGCUUUGGGUGCACAAUGAUCCCUUCUCCCCGGAAGAGAUUCUGCUCAACCCCUCGGUAUUUGGCGAAAGUGGCGUGCAGGUCGGAGACCUGGUCGAGAUUCUACCCGUUCGCGCUCCCGGUGAUUCAAUUCAUUCAGGCGUAAAGCCAGACUCGGAUAUUAAGACCGCUCGUGAAUCUCACCCGGACUUGAGUACGACCUCGCAAUCCGAUGGCACAUCCAAAUUCAAAACUCCCCUGCAAUCCCGCUGUCUCUUUGUUGUGAAGCCCAUCCCGCAAGAUAUCAAACUUCGCAAUCCCAGGUUGGAGAUCUCCAUCACCGGAAAUGUCGCCAAUACAUUCGGCUUCAAGAACCGUAGUCAGGUUGUGCUUUCUAUAGUUGACCGCGAUCAAUGCGCGGCAUCUCAUGUCGAUAUUGCUUUCCGUGAUCAGUAUAUGGUCCGAUCUGACAUGUGGAGAUUGGUGAUGUCGGAACUUUCUGAGAAAACCAUUUACAAAGGUCAGAAAAUCUCUUUCAUGAACAGUAUCAAGGCCACAGUCAAGAACAUCUUCAUUCGAGAGAAGAAAGUUCUUUCGGGAUAUUUCGCAUCCAACACGAUUCCUGUUUUCCGGAGCGAGUCCGCCAAAUACGUCCUGUUUAUCCAAAUGUCUAGAGAGAUGUGGAAUUUUGACUCAGAGGGCUCUGGUGAUAUUCUCUUCAGUCGCGUCAUCAACGGCUUCCUUCCGGAACUCUUCAAACGGUGGGUCAAUUCCGACGCAAAGCAUCUAGUCACCAUCGUACUCUUCACCCGUGUAGAGUACGAUGCAUCUGCCCAUCCCAGUAUCACAUCGCUUACUGCGGGUAAUGCGAAGAGUGCGGGCGGCAACCUUGUCCCGACCCGAGACUUUUACCGCGUGGUUGUGAACGACAUGGCCAGCGGUCAUUGGACAACCAUUUUGGAUGAGCUCAAAAGAAAUUUCAGAUCCUUUUUGAGAGAUGUCUCGAUUCUCAAGACGAACGAUCUCGAUGCUGCCGCUGGAAGUGGUGUCAAAAUCCCGUCCAAGCCACACACUGCAGUUAUUGCAGGACGCCCCAGCACAGCCCUACGCGGGAAUAUUUUGGAAGCCAUUCAUCUCGCUUCGGCCCACUUGGCAUAUGACCACAUCGAUCGAGAUAUGGUUCAUACCGGCACAUCCAUUAUUGUCAUUACACCUGGAAGUGGCGUCUUUGAGGUUUCGCACGAAUCUUUAGCUUCUACAACAGAAGCCUUGGCGAAUCGCGGCAUUGCUAUUGACCUUGUUUGUCUGAGCCCAAUGCCUCUUCACUCUGUGCCGCUGUUCAAGUAUCGAGCGCCGGUGGAGAGACAGUUCACCGCAGGCUCUAGCAGCACCCCCCAAGGAAACGUGUCGCCCGAGAUCCAUCACUCAAUAUCCAGCCUUGUGAGCAGAUCAUCUUACCUCUCACCGGGCUCUUAUCUAUCUGCGACACGAAUGCGUGAAAGAGGAAAUCCUCACUUGGGGGAAUGGAGCUACGGAAUUCCUCACUGGCUCGACAUUUCCUAUUGGAAUCCGGAAACUUACCGAGAAGCCCGACGAAUCCUGAAGAAUGAUCCAAAUGCACCGAUCCCAUUUACCGUCACUCGGCCCUCCAAGGCAUUUACUCCACGGGUUCGAAUGUAUGAAAUUCAGAUGAUGGGGGUUAUGGAAAGUGAACAGUCAAACAUCUCCAUUCCAUACCUUUUGGAGGGUCUCGAUAUGGCAAGACCCCGAGGAUCCUGGCCUGGGAAUAAUCCUAUAUCUCGAGGUCCACCAAGGGCUCGAUUCGCGCAAACUGCAUCACUCAAAGUCGAGUACAGCGAAAGCCUUCGGCCAGGGUCCUUCCUCGAGAACGUUGAGGACGAAAGUGAUCUUCAGACCAAAACUCCACAAAAGUCCCGCAAAUCUAUAAUGGCUUGGAUGGAUCAGUACGACGACAAUGUAUUUGCGGCCACCCCCAAACCACGCCAGAGCCAACGGCCCAAAAACAAGCGACUCAGCGAGCCAGAGGUACAAGCUGUCGCAGCACAUGAUCGAAUUUCUGCACGGUCGAUCUCACGGCUCAGAGACAAGGAUAAUAAUAUUCUUGAGACCAAUCCAGCUAUGCGAGCCGGGCCCCGACGAAUUGAUACUUCUGCUAUGGCUAGUCCCAAGAGCCCUCUUUCUUCUGAAAGCAGCCCGUCGCCAAAAAAGUCUUCUUUGAAGCCGUCGACUACGCCUAUUUCGUCGAGGAUAUCAAGAACAAUCAGUUUUGCACUCCGGGGCUUGAGUGCUGCUCCCUCUAAAGCAAUUGCAAGUACGGGUAUCCAUGUGGAGCACGCAAAUGCGUUACCCAUGUCAAACCAAAGAGCCGCAGGUUCGGACACCAGGAGUAUCGCAUCCCUGAGUCCUUCCGAGUCUACUUCCACGCCAACGAUCAUGGAAGUAUCGUCAUCCAGAGCAUCUACUCCCCCUAGAGAGCUCCAUGGAAGUCGUGUAACCCCUUCCAAGCCUAUCUCAAUCAAAGUUCCCCCGAAGAAGCCAGCGGAAUCCCCGGAUAAACAGCAGCACGGGGAUACACAAGCACCAUUGUCGACAUCUGCAGUAGAAAACCCAUUCGACGAGGAGGGACGCCAGGAAGGUCAAUCCCGCUAUCAUGAGCAAAGACCUGAGAUCAAGAUAAACCACGGCUCCCGAGAUUUUACAAAGGGGUCGCCAAACAAAGCACUCGCCCCAUGGGUCAGAUCUGUUAACCCUUGCAAUACUCCUAAGGAUGUCAUGCGCAAUACCAGCUGGUUUGGUCGCUGGCAGCAUGCAUACCCUCGCCCUCCGCAUGUAGCUGUGGUAAAGUGGAAAAGUUUGAAGUCACCGGCAGUGCUGCCAUUGACAACCGAAGAGUUUCCCACCGCCACCGAACUUACUUCAGACUAUCUGCAAACCCCAUACCGCGUUUUCCCAAACGACGAUGUUGAAGGAUUCGAGCCACCAAAAACCCGAGGAGUACUCCUGCGCGAGAUGAUAUCGCUACGUCUCUCCCAUGGCUUUCAAAUCGUUGUUGGAAGACAUGUAGCGGAAGUAACAUCUCAGCCUGCCAUGGAGUCCUUGAACGUUUUUGACCCUCGAGGUCUAGAGCGAGAUGGCGUUACAGUUUUCUUGUCUAAGGGAAGCGCUAUUCACCGUCUCAUCUGUAUCCAGGGUGGAGAAAUUGAGGUGACCCGCUUCACGCAUCAAUCUUCGGCGACGCUCACGAUGCCCAAGAGGUCUAAUCUGACCUUGUAUCAGCCAGCCAUGAGAACGAUUCUGAGACCAGAGUAUGAGAUUAAAGACAUCAAGCUGGAUCCUACCGCCGAGGAAUAUAAUUGGAACUACGCGGACAACUAUGUCGCCGGUCACCGCGAUUAUCUCCAUAAUCCAGCGCAGCAACUGCAUUUCUGGAGGGUCCGCUACGUCUUGAUCCCCAUGCAGCUCCAGUCCACUUCACGACGUCAACUCCAGCCCUACAACGAGGAUAACGAGGAGGAAAUUCAUAUUCUUGGAAUCAGCCGGCUCACCUCUAUUUGGCAAAAGCAGAAAUAUGUGUCCCCGGAGGAGAAACGCUUUGAAUCGUCGACUAAGAAACGAGACCAGAAUCCGCUCAACAUCAUGUAUCAGACUCGGAACCCAUCGGAAGUUGUUGCCGCAGAGCUGGAUCGCGUGCUGCUCACUGAUCCUGGGCUUGACAAUCCACCUGCUCAACUGCUGCCCGAGUCAGAGCUACUUGAGAGGUCUAGUCUUAACCUUUCAUCGCUGUCACAGAGAAUACAAGGUGAGAAGGGAGUUCGGUUGAUGGACCGAAGAUGGCAUUGGAGACUGCAUUACAACUGCUUUAUUGGUGUUGAAUUUACGACCUGGCUCUUGCAAAACUUCAAAGACAUUGAUACGCGCGACGAGGCGAUUGUGUUUGGAAAUGAAUUGAUGAAGGAGGGUCUAUUCCAGCACGUCGAGAAGCGACACAAUUUCCGAGACGGCAAUUAUUUCUACCAGAUCUCUGCCGAAUUCCGUCUCACACGGCCCGAAUCUCGGGGUGGUAGUUGGUUCCCCCAAUUACGCGCGGAAAAGUCUACUCCAUCAACACCAGCUAUUGGCAACGUCAGAGAUUCACCUUCAAGUUUCCGGACUCGUUCUGACAGCACAGAUGAUCGAGUUCCCCAGACCCCGACCACGCCUUCCAAGGGCAAAAACAAAGUUGCCAUUAUGCUUUCAAAGUCCAUUAAAUAUGAUGUGGAUGCUCGUAAGCGAUCGAAUCGGGCGGAGGUGAUUGACCUUCACUAUGACCGGCUGCACAACCCUGAGAACUGUUUCCAUAUUGAGUUAAGCUGGAUGAGCACGACCCCCAAGAUGAUCGAAGACACGGUACACAACUGGGCCUCGACUGCUGAGAAGUUUGGGUUGAAAUUGGUCCAAGUUCCUAUCGCUGAAGCAUGCGCCAUCGAUCGAACCCAGCCAUUCCGAAAGCCAUACAAAAUCACACUGAAGACGCCGGCGCCAAAAGGCCCCGUCCAUACGGUCUUCAACAAUGCAUCGUUUGCACAGCCCGGGCCACCGGACCCGCUCUACUACCAGAAGUGCAUAUUACGCAAGUUUGACUUCGUGCUUGAUUUCGAGGCCGCUUCCGCGUUCCCCGCGGAUGUCGAGGUCUCAUUUUCCUGGGGCAAACCCGACUACAAAUACCCUCAGUUCAUCCACCGAACAGGUAGCAUCCUAGCCCAGAUCACCGACGAAGGCGAUUUCCUCCUCCUAGCAAACCGUCUAGUCAGCACCCGGACCGCUGCAAGUCGUGACACAGGCCGGUACGAGCAUCAUAAUCGCACAGACUAUCGGGGCCGCCCAGCAGCAGCCCACGAUCCACUAGAUCGUACUUGCUCGCCACGUCUCUCACCAAUGACCAGACCUCUCCACGAUAUCGGAAGCCCGAUGCCGAACCCAGUCUCAUCCAACUUCGACUCUGCAAACCUCUACCGGGCCCCAGAACACAUCCUCAACGUCCUUCAAGAGUUCUGCAAUGAUGUCAUCCAGCUGGAGCAAUUCUACAAGGAAUCGCACGUCCGUCCAGUCUCGACAAAGGUCGAGCCCGCAGCCGCACAUCAUCUCAUGGAUACUUCUAUCCCAUCCUUGGAGUUACCUGCCAGCGUGGUUAGCCACCACAUCUCUCCCCCGCCCGGAUUGCCGUCUCGUGUUACGAACGACCGGCGUGAAUCCCACGACGGAUUGCAGUCGCCAGAAUUGGUGCGUGCUCGUGCGCGCGGUGAGAGUCUGAGCUAUACUCGUAGUCCACGAAGUGGGACCUUGCGACCUCUGAUUUAG